CGCACGGGCAGCGCUCAACAGCCAAGUCGGAUUUGGAUUUCGAGCAAUCGUGGUGUUGCCUCUUAGCUUAUCCCCCCGAAAGAAAAAAACCACCAUCACCUCCUCCUCCUCCUCCAGCUCCUCCGCUCAUUCGGCGACUAUGCGAGCCGGAGUCGCCUGUCUCCUGGUGCUCCUGGGCAUCUGUGGAGCCGCUCGGGCGGAUCUUACCUACCGCGGAAAUGCAGUGCAUCCAGACUAUCCUGGCCAGUGCUACUACGAGGAGCUCAACCAGGCCAUACCCAAGAAACAGUCCUACAAGCCCAUCAAUCGCGAGGGCUACUGCCAGUCCAUCUACUGCAGACCAGACUAUGUCCUCGAAAUUAGCUAUUGCGGUCGCCAUAAUUUGGUGCCCACGGAGAAGUGCAGGAUCGCCUCGGAUAUGCGACGCACCUUUCCGGAAUGCUGUCCCAAGCUGGUGUGCCAGGAGUCCGAGAGCAACUACAUCUAGCUUAGACUCCUGGCUGCUAAGUAUUAUUAUAGAAAAACAUACUUCCUAGUAUUGUACAUUUUUAUUUUGGCACAAUGUUUGUUAAAUAUUACUUGUAAGUUCAUUGCGUAUUUAUGUUGAUAGGUUUAUUGUUCUAUGUUUUUGAUAUUCUUGCCGGAAAUAUAUAUGUAUCUAUUCUAACAAAAACCCAAAGAAUGAAAUUCAUUGUAUAUAUUUUCAGCCAAAUGAUAAGUUCAUUGUAAUUCAAGUAGGUUCUCCACAAAAUUUGUUGCUUUAAAAUCAGCCUAGAAACGCACAAAAACACUGUGGAAAAGUAAAGUCAAUAUAAUAAAUAUAAAAUAGAAAUAAUUUAUAAUAAAUUUAAUGAUCUUGCUUU